GGAAUAACACCACUUGCGGUGCGAUUCGAGUCACGAAACAUGUGUGUUUUGAAGCUCAGACAAAUGUCAAAUCGUGCAUAUAUUCAACAACGGCAUUAAAACAAAAUCGAUAACACGAGGCAAACGUUUGAACAGUAUUUGUUUUCACAUAUAUUUUUUGUCAUUUAUAAAUAAAAAGGAAUAACAACAUCAAUUUCCUGAUUUACGACUAGUUGGGCACAGACUAAAGAUGAAGAAUGUUCAAGUGAUUCCGGUUGUGGUCGGCAUAACAUUGUGUACGGCUAGCGCAGCAUUGUUUUACAAAUGGUACAAAAUACGAAAUUCCAAGAAGGGAGACGUAGUGGACGGUGCAUCGCGACCAAAAUGGAAUUCGAAACAAAAGGCCAAAGAGAUUAAACUCGAUAUUUCCGUACCGAACGAAACAUUACAAUUGGUAAUGGGUCGAUCUGGUGCCAAUGUGAAAGCAAUCGAAGAACGAACUGGUGCAAAGAUAACAUUCCGUGAAAAAGACAACGGAAAUCUCUGUGAAAUUGUCGGUCAAUACGAGAAUGUCAUGAAGGCGGCUAAAUCGAUUGAAGAUGAAAUAAGACGCUCCGAAAAUAUCACCGAAGAAAUGAUCAUUCCGCGAUCGGAAAAGAUUGGCAUGAAAAAUUUGCAAGCGAUUUGUCGUGAAACGGUGACGUCGGUUAGCAUUGAAGGCGGUUUUGAGGAUAAAUCCAUGCGCAAACUCAAAAUCAUUGGAUCUUUUGCAAAUGUGCAGAAAGCCAAACGUAAGAUCGAAGAGCUUGUGCGUCAAGAUUUAAAAGAUCGCGAAAAUGAGGCAAAACGUGAGCCAAGAUACAACCAAAAAAAUUCACCAACUAACUCAUCCAUGGAAAGCCUCUCCAAGCAAUCAUCAUCACCACAGCCAAUGCCACCUUUGGGCUUGCUGUCAAACAUUGAUAAUUUUAGCCGAAUGCCGACACUCGGCGGCCAAAUGGAAGUGUAUGUGUCGGCGGUUGCAUCGCCCGCACGUUUUUGGGUACAAAUUAUCGGCCCACAAAUUAAUAAAUUGGAUGAAUUAAUUAAAGAAAUGACAGAUUAUUAUAGUGACACAAAAAACCAAGAAAAACAUCUGAUUAAAGAUCCAUAUUUGGGACAAAUUGUUGCUGCCAUGUUUCAGUAUGACAACAAAUGGUAUAGGGCUGAGAUAACUGCAAUCGUUCCAAACGAAUUUGAUCCACGACGGGUGGCAUUGGAUUUAUAUUUCUUAGAUUUUGGUGACAGUAUUUAUGUUGAUCCACAUGAUGUUUUUGAAUUGAGAACCGACUUUUUGACAUUACGAUACCAAGCAAUAGAAUGUUUUUUGGCAAAUGUUCAACCCGUGCAUCCCGUUGAAAAGGUUCAAUGGAAUCACAGUGCAAUCAACAAAUUCGAAGAACUAACACAUGUGGCCAAAUGGAAAAAAUUAAUUGCCAAAACUGUAAAAACACGCGAACGUUUCAGAGGAUACGAAACAAGUCCACGGGAAAGUUCAACGAUCCCUGGCAUUGAACUUUACGACAAUGUCGAUGAUCAUGAAGUGAGUUUGUCAUCGAUUUUAAUACUUGAAAAUUAUGCACUGCCGGUAAAUCAAGACGAGACACCAACGCCAUUGUCGCGGUAUUCAUCGUCGGAGAGUGUACUAAGGUUGGAUGGUGGAUCAAAUCCUUUGGGAUCUGUGGCGGAGAAAGCGAUGAUGUUUGAAUUGACAGCAAACUUGCAAAAUAAUCGAAACAGAAGUCCAAAAUUUAAAUCAAAUGGCACAAAUGACGGCCAAAAGUCGCCAAAAUUCUCAUCGAGUCCGCGAAUGAAUCAAUUGAUAUUGGAGCAUGCAACAAGUAACAAAGACCUACCAUAUAGCGAUGAGAAAAGCAGCAAUUUUCAAGAUUUAAUUACGCAACAGCUACUGGCAAACAAAAGUUGGGGUGAAAUUAUGGACGCUGAGUCAUAAAUAAAACACAAAUAUACACUCAUUCACACCGUAUACUUUGCUUACAGUAGAAACAAUUGUUUCAAUUUUGUGAUUUGGUUAAGAAAUAUUCAGAAUCGUGGCGAAAAAAACUCAAUUUCAAAAAUCGAAAUACAAGUUAAAUUCGCGUUUAGAUUUUUUCAUAGGUAGAUUAGAUUAUGGUAGAUAUGAAUAUCUACCAUAAGACAAAAAUUGAUUGCCAAAUGUGACUGGAAACUGUUAUAUUUUAGUGAUUUGUUUUUGAUGUUAAGAUCGGAUUGUACUUAAUUUUUCUCCAGUUGCACAGAUUGCAUUUUUAUUGUACAGACACGUACCUAUUCGACUGCUGGAAGUGUUCAGUGAACGCCAGUAAGCGGUUCUUAAUAUUUUGUGCAAUACAAAUUAGGAUCGUUUUCAUAGAAAACUAUGUAAUAUCUCUGCCCGACAUCACACAUGCAAACUGCUUUUGCUCCACCUCAUAACGUUACAUUUAUUAUUUAGAUAUAAGACAAAGUACACAAGUAUUUAUGCGUUUGGCAAAAUGUUGUAGAGUUGAGAAGUCAAAAUGUGCUUUAAUUUAAGUGAUACAGAUUCAAAUAUAAUUUGAAUAUUAUUGCCUUUGAAUUCAAAGAUUUUAUUUAUAUGAAGAAAACAUUGGCUAAAUAUGAAUUGGCUUGCAGAAAAUGCUGUUGAUUCAGCGAAUACACAGAGUAUCAACAAAUUCUUGUAAUCGAAUAUAUUGAAUAGUUCGCACAAUCGAAAGUAUAACACACACACACAUUGAUCGAUCAAUGAUAUAGUCAGCAUUAGUCAAAAUCGCUGAAUCAAACUGAAUUUUUAUAAAAUACGAAUUAUCAUAUGUUGUUGAUAAGCCUUGUAAAUAUUAUUUUAGUUCCUAAAUGAAUACCAAUAAAUGAAAAAGUAUACAUUUUUUGAACGCAAAA